CAGUCAUUUGCUGUUAAAGACUGCACGCCCAAAAAAGCAGAUUUGCUGUCGAAAUUAAAACUGGGAAUGAGGUCACCUUCUGCGUGGGCGCUAGAAGCUGCUCCCUGUGCAUAACCUGGGGAGCAGUUGCUGUAAGGCGUGAGGAACCUGACCUCCCUGUUCCUGAUAGUCCUGAAAAAUGGCUCUGGCUCAUGGACCAGACAGCAGGUGCCUCGGGAAGAGGGAUAAGCCCCAAGAAGCAAUUUCUGCUCAUGCAGCAAGAGAGCAAACAGCUGAAUACUCAGAUGACUUUGAGAGUGACGAAGAUGACAUGAUAAAUGGUAUUGGGGAAGAAUUUAAUGAAAGUAAUUCAGGUGCUGAAAGCACUAAGAAGUCAGUUGCUGCUGAGAGUCCUCUGUCAGAUGAUGAUGCUUCACAAAAAUCAGAUCCAAAAAAUGAAGCUGCUGAUGGCUUGACUUUAUCCUUUCAUGAAAAGAAGCUUCAGCAAAUAAUGCUUUUAGAAAGUGAAAACAUACAGGAUGACAGAAAAGAUAGUGAAGAAGAAUGUUUGGAAAGUCGAAAUGAGAGUGAUGACAGAAAAAAUAAUGAAGAGUGUUCAGCUGCUGAAGAAGUGCCAUGUGAUAAUAGUGAAAGUGACCCUUGUAACUACUUGCCUAUUCAUGAAGUACAGACAAAAAGAAAUCAAGAGGAAAACAAACCAGUACCAAAGCCACGGGCGCACAAAGCAAGAAAUGCUUCAGCAUCAGCACCAUCAUCCCUAACUACUCUGAAUGUCCAAGCUAUGCCCAAGAAAAAACUGCUUGAUGAAAGCCCUGGUCCUGAGGGUUCAUGGCUAGAAAGUACUUCACCACAAUUUUCCAUUAAUUUUACUUCCCACAAUGAAAGAUCUGGAGACUCCGAUUUACUGAUAUGUGGAGAAGCACCACCUGUAAAAGAUCAAGAUGAGAUGAUCAGCACCAGUGACUUGAAACUGGAGGACAAUAAUAGAAAAUCCCCUUCUGUGACAGAAGUAACGAUGACCACAGUAUAUGAGAAAACAAAGAAAUUAGAAAAGUCACCAGUUGACAGUUCAGAUGAAACAUUGAAAAUAGUGGAGGGGAAAAUAGUAACUGAUACAAUACGGGAGGUGUCAGUGAAUGAUCCGUCUGAGUGUGGGGAGGCAAAGAACACUUCAAAAGACUCUGUCAAGAAACUAAGUGAAACAAAGGAGAGAGUUCUACAAAACCCAAAAGCUUCUUUAUCUGACAGAUCUCUGUCUUCUGUGCACUUAAAGAAAAAGGCAGAAGCUGUUCCACCAGGUACACCUGUAUCAUCUCAAUAUCUGGGAUCAUUAAAGGUGUUGGAAAAUAAACGCACGCAGAAGAACGGUACAGAAUUUGACAAAGCAGAUAGUUUACGAGCAGCUGUUUACCAGAAUUGGUUGGAAAAGAAAAGGGUCUUUCUACUGGAAUUAAAGAGAACUGAAAAGAAGAAAGCUGAAAAUCUAAGGAACAAUGCCGAAGAGAAAGAAGCUGUUAAAAGAGAGGAAGCAAUUGCAUCUUUUGAAGCCUGGAAAAAAAAGAAAGGAAGAGAAGCAAAGAAGUUAAGUGAAAAAAAGAAGCUUGAGGAACUUAAGAGAAAGAAAGCAGCAGAACAGAAUGAGGAAAAAGCAGAAGCAGCACAGAAGGCAUUCGAAAAAUGGAAAGAAAGAAAAGUGGAAUAUUUAAGAGAACAAAGCAGAAAGGAAAAACAGUCUGAAAGAAUUAGGAAGAAAAAAGAAGAGGAACUGGUUGCAGAGAAGAAGAGAGAAAGCAUGUCAGCAGUUGAAAAAUGGAAUGAAAGGAAGGAAGAAUAUAUAAAACAGAAGAAAAUAGAAAAAACUGUAGAGAGAAGAAACCAAGAAAUACAACAGGCAAAGAAGGAAGAAAAAAGUAAAAAGGCUAUGGAGGAAUAUGAAAGAUGGCUGGAAAAGAAAGAGAGGAGAGAGCAGCUUGAGAAGAAGAAAAAGAAUUUGCAGGCUGUCCAUGGGAAUGAAGUGCUUUCUCCCUGGAGUCCACCUGGCAAAGUCACAUAUUCAAGGAAUUACUGAGCAGUCUGUUGCCUUCUGUGAGAAAAGAUGAUCCACGUUCUGACAAUAGCUCAUCGUUAUUUCAAGAACAGCUGAUUUUCACUGAA